UGCCAUUCGGAGGGCGGGCGGCGCGGCGAGCGGAUGGUGGUCGUUGCAGCUCUGUGGCGCCGGCGGGGGCAGGAGCUGGAGCAGGAGCUGGCUGGGAGCGCCUCCCCUCCUCCCCAUCCUCCCUCCUCGGGCAGCGUGUACCCUCGUCGCGCCCCGCCGGCGACCACCCUGAGCCGGCAGCGCUGUACGAUGUGAGCGGCCGCUGGGCUCGGCAGCGCCCCCGGUGCUCUCGACGCUGGGGCGGGCAGCGAUGGCCAGAGCCUGGCGUGGGAGCAGCAGCCGCCGUCGCCGAUAGGAAGCGCCGGGGGCAGCUGGGCAGGCGGCGCGGAGACUCCCUCGGGCCGUGCAGCGCUUGUCCCGCCCCGCCCCCUCUCUCCUUCCCCCCCUUCCUCCUCCUCUCCCCGCGGCCGGUGCAUGCGGGGCGCCGGAGGCCGAGCUCGGGUUCCCCGCAGUCGUCGGAGCGAGUGACCCGCGGGGUCCUGCGCAUCCCCGCCAUGUCCUCGUCCAGCUCCUCCCAAACUCCCCCGUCCCACCACCAGCCCCCGCCGCAGAGGAUGAGGCGCGGCGCCGCCGGGUCCCCCACUGCCGGUUGCGGCACGGCCGGGGGCCCCGGUAACGGCGCCGGGGGAGGCGCGGCGGGGACCAGCCGGCUGCUCCAGCCCAUCCGAGCGACCGUCCCGUACCAGCUCCUGCGGGGCAACCAGCACAGCCCGACCCGGUCCCCCUCCGCCUCGGUGGGCAGCGGCACGGGGCCGGGGGGUCGCGGCGGGGGCAGCCCCCCUCCACCGCCUAGCGCGACGCCGCCGCUGGCAGCGGGAGGCGGCGGAGCGGAGCCGGGCAAGGUGAAGGGCAGGCAGCGGCGCUCGCCGGAGACCGGCGGCAGCAGGAGGAGCAGCUCACCUGAGAGACGGAGCCCCAGCUCCCCCGUGUACAGAGUGGACAGGCCAAAAUCCCAGCAAAUCAGAACUUCUGGUACCAUAAGGCGAACUUCUUCUUUGGACACAAUAACAGGACCUUACCUCACAGGACAGUGGCCACGUGAUCCCCAUGUACACUACCCUUCAUGUAUGAAAGAUAAAUCUACUCAGACACCCAGCUGUUGGGCUGAAGAAGGAGCAGAAAAGAGAUCACAUCAGCGCUCAGCAUCAUGGGGAAGUGCUGAUCAACUGAAAGAGCAGAUUGCCAAACUGAGGCAGCAGCUUCAGCGCAGUAAGCAGAGUAGCCGUCACAAUAAAGAGAAAGAACGUCAGUCACCUCUCCAUGGCAACCAUAUAGCAAUCAGUCAGACUCAGGCUUGUAUUUCCAGAUCAGUCCCUGUGCCACUGUCAAACAUUUCAGUGCCAAAAUCAACUGUGUCACGUGUGCCGUGUAAUGUAGAAGGAAUAAGUCCUGAACUGGAAAAAGUAUUCAUUAAGGAGAACAGUGGAAAAGAAGAAGUAUCCAAGCCUUUGGAUAUCCCUGAUGGUCGAAGGGCCCCAUUACCUGCUCACUAUCGUAGUAGUAGUACACGAAGCAUUGACACUCAGACUCCGUCUGUCCAGGAGCGCAGCAGCAGCUGCAGCAGUCACUCACCAUGUGUCUCUCCCUUUUGCCCUCCUGAAUCUCAGGAUGGGAGUCCUUGUUCAACGGAAGAUUUACUCUAUGACCGUGAUAAAGACAGUGGGAGUAGCUCACCGUUGCCCAAGUAUGCCUCAUCUCCCAAACCAAACAACAGCUACAUGUUCAAACGAGAGCCCCCAGAGGGAUGUGAGCGAGUGAAGGUCUUUGAGGAAAUGUCGUCUCGUCAGCCUGUCUCAGCCCCUCUCUUUUCAUGUCCUGACAAAAACAAGGUUAAUUUCAUCCCAACCGGAUCAGCUUUCUGUCCUGUAAAACUUCUGGGCCCCCUCCUUCCUGCUUCAGACCUGACACUGAAGAGCUCUCCAAACUCUGGACAAAGCACAGCUUUGAGCACCCUGACUGUUGAUCAGCUUUCGUCUCGGGUCUCUUUCUCAUCUCUGUCAGAUGACACCAGCACAAUGGACUCCACAGAGGUCCCGGUACAGCAGCCGUCCCAGCAGCAGCAGCCGCUUUUGCAAGAAAUUCAGACUGAAGACCAUUCCUCUGCUCAGAGCUACGUGUUAAUCUAGACAAGGCGGAGCAGGCCUCUGCCCCGAAACAAGGACCGAGGAGAUCGUAGCUCAGAUACAUCUGCAUGAGGUGGCAACCUUUCAGAACAACAUGGAAUACUUAGCAGCACUCGAAAAAAUAUCUCAACACUGUUCUUGGCAGGGACAGAAUCCAUAUUCAGCAUUUUUUGUGAGAAAGCAGUAAUGCCUGCAGAAUCCAUAUAUCAUUAAGCGUUUUAAGUGGAGACUAUGCAUUUCAUAGUACGUUUGACCAGAUUAGUACUGUGUCCUGUGCUCUGUUUCAAAUUCUACAGUAUAAAUAAGCUCCUUCUCUCUCUAUAUAUAUAAAAAAAAUGUUGCCUGUCUGAAUAGAAAAUGUCUUGCUGUGUUGUGUCCUAUGGAAAAUACUGUACUUCAGGAUUAUGUUUACAAUUGAUCCAGGUGUUUGUUUCUAACUUCUGUAAUACACACAAUGCAAAAAAAAAAAAAAAAAAAAAUGGCCACAACAGUUGCACAGUGCCCACCCUAUGGCCUAGCUUCAGGUACUUCUCUUGAAGUCUAAACUCAGGUAACUUGGAAUGUAUAUCAUAUUGGAAUAUAAAAUAUUUUACAGCUACAAAGCUAAAGAGGGAACAUCACUCUUUUGCCUUUCCUUGUUUUAUGCAUUAAUAUUUCCUCAUUACAUUCCACUUUCUUGGAAUAAGUGCAUUCAGAUCCAGGUGAACAGUGACCCUGGACAUGGGUGAACAUGAGGAGAACCAGCAAAUCUGUGGUGUAUAUCACGUUGUCAUGUGCUUACAAGUAAAACAACUGUUGCAUUUACUUUCAUUUCAAUAGAUGUAAAAAUGUGGCAUUUAAAGGUUUCAGGUGUUGCUCAGUUAAUGACUGUUAAACUGUUGCAAAUAAAGUGUUCAGUACUAGGCUGUACAUGAGAAACAUUCCACAUUGUGCGUGAGAGGAUUUUGAAAGACAAGAAUGUUUUUGUUCAAGGACAGAAAUGCUUUCAGGUUUCACAGGGGUUGAUGGGGAUUUCCUCUCAUGGUUUUUGUUGGCAGUUAAGGAUGUGAAAUGCUACUGUUACUGUCUAAAAGUCAAAUUAAUGUUUAGUUUCUCUUUUGGAAAUGUUCAUUCAUUUGCUGGUUGGAAAUAGGUUUUCAGAUUUUGUCAAGCAGUGUUAGAUGAGCAGCGUUUUAUUUAUGUAGUGAGUAAUUGUGUUUGGAUUAAAGUCCGAAAGUAGCAAGUGGGUGUUCUAAGAGGGGUGGGGAAAAGAAUAGUUUUAAGUUCAUGUUACUUAAAGCUUCUCCCAUAACUUUCAGUUACUUAAGUUGUGUGUGUAAAAGUGUGCUUUCCCUUCUCCUUAAGUGUGAAUAAAAGAAAAAUCCAUGUAAAAUAA